AGUGACAGUGCUACGACACGCCCUCUCCGCCCUCUUCUCCCCGCAGCUUCACCGAGGAACGAGGCUCCACCCACACAAUCGAAGCGAGCUCGCGUGCCUCUAGCUUGUGCAGCGUGCAGAGUUCGUAAAAGCAAGUACGCGGAAACGGAGAACACGCAGACCAAACGGAGACAUAGGUAUCUGGAAGUACUGUUCGGAUUGCUCAGAGAUCUGCCGGAAGAGGAGGCGGAAGAACUUUUAGCAAGAAUCAGAGCUGGUAUGGAUCCAAAAGAGAUUGUCGAUACUGUUAGGCAUGGUAACAUGCUUGUACAGUUUGCUUCAACGACGGAAAGUAGUAGGGACAGUGCGAGCACCGAGGCCGAUGGUGGCAUUGGUAGCAGUGGUGGUGGUCGCAGUGGUAGUGUCGACAAGUCAGGCGAUAGUCAAGAGCAGAGAAAAGAUUCAUAUUUGCUGCCCAUACAG